AUGAGAUCGCAGGCAACCACCGGCACCGUGGUCGUGCUCUCCCUGAUCGCGCUCCUCGCCGGUUCGCCGCACCUUCGAGCAGUGGGUUGCCCGUCGAAGGUGCCAGGACUGGGUUGCAAUGUCGGCUUCGCCCUACUAUACAUCGAGUCGAUUCUAGCACUCGUGUGCCUUUGUGGGCUGAUGUGGGCCGACCCGGGCACACUGAAGCGCUCACAAGAGCGCUGCUUCCCGCUGCCUCAAUCAGUACUCGACCGGCUGCGCUUGCAGCAGCCGCUUGCGGGUCUGGAGAACGUUUACGAAGGCGGUAACGUGUAUUGCGUGCGCUGCUGUAUUUGGCGCCCUGAUGGCACAAAAGCACAUCACUGCUCCAUCUGCGAGCGGUGCGUCCUGGAUUUCGACCACCAUUGCGGCGUAUUCGGACGCUGCAUCGCUGGGAGAGGCUGGCGCGGCAACAUGUGCUUCUACAAGGGCAUCCUUGUCUCUGAGGCGUAUGGCCUCGCGACGGAACAAGGCGAUGAGACCACGAAGCGCUACCUGCUCUAA